GUCAGGUAACAGGACAGUGACCAAACAAAUGAGAUUUGUUGUGGUCGACAUCAAAUGUGUGCAUAAUGCCAUUCUGGGUAAGCUUGGAAUCAACCAGGUCAGGGCUAUUAUUUCCAUGGCACACUUAUGCAUGAAGUUUUACACUCCCAAUGGAAUCGGGGAGGAAAGGGGUGAUCAAAAGAACGCCCGGUCCUGCUACCUGGAAGCAGUCAAGAAGAUGACCCGCCAGUUCGAACAAAUUGAACUGGUCUCCCAGCAGGUAGACAAGGCUGAGGAGAAGGCUAGGAUCGAGCCAGAUGCAAACACGGAAGAGAUCCAGAUUGAUGCCUCCAAUCCUGAAAGGAAGGUCAAAAUUGGGGCUGAUCUUCAGGAGGAGCUAAGGACUGAGAUUGUCCAGGUGUUGACCAGGUAUAAAUCAUUAUUUGCCUGGAGUGUUGCUGAUAUGCCCGGAAUUGACCGGUCAAUCAUUUGCCAUCGUCUCUCUGUUCUUGAGGGGUCUAGGCCUGUAAGACAGAAGAAAAGAUUCUUGGCAAGUGAUAGGAGGGAUUUUGUGAAAAAGGAGGUUAAGGACCUACUUGAGGCCCAUCCCAUCAUCGUUCUGACUGACCUACCAUUGGGCACGGUCAUGAGGGACUCUACUUCAUCAGGAAGAAUGAUCAAAUGGGCCAUGAUGCUUACCCAAUUCAGCAUUGAAUAUCGUCCAAGGACGGCGAUAAAAGGGCAGGCUAUGGCUGAUUUUCUUGUGGAGAUGACGGGUCACCAGGAAGAAGAACCGGCCAGGGCCAUCACUGAGCUUUGGUGGUCCAUGUCGGUCGACGGAGCCUCUGGACCAAAAGGUUAUGGGGGAGGUGUGGUAUUCACAACUCCGGAAGGGUUUAAGGUAUAUCAUGCCUUGAUUUUUAAUUUCAAGCUCACAAACAAUGAGGCCGAGUAUGAGGCGUUGAUAGGGGGCCUGAGAUUGGCCAAAACCCUACAAAUCACAUGCCUCAGGAUCAAGUCCGAUUCAAGCUUGGUGGUAGGCCACAUCAAUGGCAACAUAGAGGCCAAAGGAGAGAAGAUGCAGAAAUACAGAGACUUGGCAAGGGCACUAUUGAAGGACCUGACUGAGUAUGUGAUGGAGCAAAUCCCUAGGGGGGAGAACACCGAUGCUGACUUACUAUCAAAGUUGACGCAAGCAGCCCCGGAGCAUGUGUCCAAGCUGGCCAGGAUUGAGACGCUGGAGAAAGCCAGCAUUGAAGGGUUUUCUGUUAGCGUGAUAGAAGAAGAUGGACAGGCCAAUCCAGAUCGAGUGGAGCCAGAUGACAUUUGGAUGGAUGAUCUGGUCAGGUAUUACAUGACCGGGCAAUUCCCUGAAGAUGAGGACAGGGUGAGAAAAGUAAAGUUGAGGGCUCCAAGAUUCCAAAUGCUCGAGGGAAGGCUAUACAAAAGAGCAUUUGGUGGUCCAUUGCUAAGGUGCUUGACCAGGGCAGAGGCGGAAAGAGUGAUCGCUGAAGUUCAUGAGGGUGUCUGCGCCGCCCACCAAAUGUCCAGGACGCUCGCGCAAAAGAUCAUUUUGCUAGGUUAUUUCUGGCCUACAAUGAACCAAGAUUGCGAGAGAUAUGUCCAGAAGUGCAAGAUUUUCCAGGUAUUCUACAAGUUUCCGGGAAGGCCUGCGACCUACUACCACCCAGUUUCCAAUAUCAUUCCAUUCGCAAGGUUUGGGAUGGACAUCAUUGGAGCCUUCCCUCAAGCACAAGGGAGAAAGAAGUACGUGAUAGUCGCUAUCGACUACUUCACAAAAUGGGUGGAGGCCGAGGCAUAUGCAACCAUCACAACCAAGCAGUGCCAACGCUUUGUCUGGAAGAACAUCAUCACUCGGUUCGGGCCACCCCGAAACAUUGUGACGGAUAACGGGCCUCAAUUUCGGAAUCCAGGGUUCACCAAAUACUUGGAGGACUUUGGGAUUACUCACAACAAAGCUUCCGUGGCCUACCCGCAAGGGAAUGGCCAUGUGGAGAAUGCGAACCGCACAAUAGUCGAUGGGAUCAAAAAGCGGUUGGGUGAGGCAGGAACGAAUUGGUUAGAAGAGUUGCCACAUAUCAUCUGGGCUUACCGGAUCACUUCAAGAAGGGCCACAGGGGAGACACCUUUUGUCCUUACAUAUGGGUGUGAGGCCAGACUACCCAUCGAAGCAAAAAUAAUGACCUUCCGGGAAAAUGUCUAUGAGGAGAAAAAGAAUGAGGAAGACCAUUUGGCAGAGCUAAACUUGCUGGAAGAGAGGCGGAUGGUCGCUGAGGCUAAAUGAUGGAAUACCAGACCCAUGAUUGGUUUAGUCAGCCGUUAGCCGAUGUCAAAAAUGUAAGUUCUCCAAAAUAAAAACCAAGAAUUGAAAAUGUUUGUUUAAUGCAUUUUUCUAAGAAAUGAAGUAAAACAUU